AUGUCAAGCGCAUUGGAACCACAGACUACUGCCAAAUGCAUCAUCCAUACGAAUAAGGGUCUUUUGAAUGUGGAAUUAUGGUGUAAGGAGGUCCCCAGGACAUGCCAUAAUUUCCUGAAAUUUUGCUCGCAAGGUACUUUGAAGGGUUUAUCCUUUAAACAGAUUUCAGAAAGGAAUAAGUCUCUGAUACUCUCUGUGCCAUUGCCUGAGAAAAAGGAGGACGUUCCAAGGGAGUAUAACUUAAGAAUAAAGGUGUUCAAGGAUGGGAUUCUAUGUUGGGAUACUCAGAAACAUCAAUUGAUUAUUUCCACCUCGGAUUGGGGGCAACAAACAUUUAGCAAUAGUAUUAAUAUAUUUGGGAAAGUUGUCGGGACAUCCAUUUAUACGUUUAGAGAUAUUUUACAUGGUGAAUUGGAUCCCGAGGAUAAGAAUGAAUUCUUAUAUCCUGCCAUUAUUGAAAAUGUAGAAGUUACGAUACCAUAUUUUGAUGAUCUUCUUGUUGAUGAUAAGAAGCGUACACUCAUUAAUACUGAUGGUGAAGAGGACAGGGAUAUUAAGAAGUUGAAACCUGCGGGGAAAAUCAAAAUAAGUUAUGAGGAUGAAGAUGAGGACGACGAUGAUGAUAAUGAAUUGCCAGCUUUCAAGAUAAAACUGCCGCAAUCGUUACAGGAACUACCUGAAAAGGUUGAUCUAGACAAGAAGGAUGAUACUGAUGCUGGUGGAAGUGUCUCGUCAUCCUCUGCCGAAGAAGAAGAAGAAGAAAAGGAAAUACAGGAGAAUACUAACGCCAAUGAAGAUGAACCUGCUACAGACAGGGAACGCCAAACUUUGCAAAUGUUAGCCCUUUUCCAAUCUAACAUCAAAAAUAAAAAUACAAAGAUUCUAAGUCAUGAAUCAUAG